AUGGCCGACUACGCUCCUCCCUCAGGGCCUCCGCCGCCCAAGGCCCCCGAAGUCCCCGCUGGCUGGGCCGCCCGGUGGAACGACCAGUACAAAGAAUGCUCACUCGCCUCUCUCAGGUUCUACGUAAACAUCUACACCAAGAAGUCCCAAUGGGACAAGCCCACCAGUCCCGUCUUCCCUGACGGAGACGCCCCGCCUUCCGGGCCUCCUCCAGGCUACGACGGUCACAACGCUCCCCGCACGUCCGAUGCCAAGACGAACCCUUAUGGCGAUCAGAGCAACAACUUUGGAGGCUCAUCGUCAAGGCAGACGCAGGAAGACGAGGAUGCUCGCCUGGCAGCAAAGAUGCAGGCCGAAGAAAACGCCCGAGCUCGCAGCGCUUCUUCCAACCCUCCCGGAUACAACAACUUUUCCGGGGGUGCUGCCGAUUCGUACCGCCAGCAGAGCACCAGCCCGUACCCUCCCCCGCAAAGCAACCCGGGCGGUACACCCCAGCCGCAGCAGCAACAGACCGAGUCCAGAGGUCUCUUGGGCAAGCUGACCAGCAAGAUCGCUGGCAAGUCUCCCGGCGGCUUCCCCGGUGCCCCUGGCGCUGGCGGUUAUGGGGGCUACGGCCCUCCUCAGCAACAAUACGGCGCUCCUCCGGCUCCAUAUGGAGGAGCCCCUGCUGCCUAUGGCGGCGGAUAUGCUCCCGGAUACGGUGCUCCUCCUCCUGCCCCUUACGGCCAGCCUGCUUAUGGCUAUCAGCAGCAGCAAGCGCCUCCGAAGAGGAGCGGAGGUGGUCUCGGUUUGGCCGGAGGAGCUGCCCUUGGUCUGGCUGGUGGUGUUGUAGGUGGUCUGUUGAUAGAUGACGCGAUUGAUCACUUUGAAGACGAGGGAUAUGAUCGCGGCUAUGACCAAGGAUAUGACAAUGGGUUUGAUAACGGAUACGAUGACGGUGGCGGCGACUUUUAA